AUGAGAGAUUCCCAUCCCAGUUGGGCCUGCUUGUCUUACAGCCUGUUGACCUUUUCCUUGCUUUGUGUAACAGCUGAGAACCAAUGUAAGAUCAGAAAUCAAGUGGCUGACUGCAGUCAUCUAAAGCUGAAACAAAUUCCUUCAGAUCUCCCAAUUAAUAUAACCGCAUUGGACAUUUCUCAUAACCAGCUAAACAAGCUACCACCUGCAAAUUUAACAAAGUACAGCCAGCUUAUUUACUUGGAUGCAGGAUCCAACUCCCUCUCUAAACUUCAGCCAGAACUGUGCCAAACUUUGCCCCUGUUGAAAGUUUUGAAGCUGCAACAUAAUCAGUUGCAUGAGCUCACUGACAAUGUUUUUGCUUCCUGUUCCAGCCUGACUGAGCUCAAUUUAGGGUACAACAUAAUAGAGAUCAAAAGCAAUCCUUUCAAAAACCUGAAGAAUUUGAACAUACUGGAUGUAUCUCAUAAUCGUUUGCUUUCUACAAAAUUAGGAUCUCAGCAACAGUUGGAGAGCCUUCGUGAGCUCGUGCUGUCAGGGAAUAAAAUCACUGAGUUAAAAAAGGAAGAACUAGAUUUUCUUAGCAACACUUCCUUAAAUAGGCUUGACUUAUCAUCAAACCCACUGAAAGAGUUUCACACAGGCUGUUUACAUGCAAUUGGAAAUCUGUAUGGCCUUGUGCUGAACAACGUUGAGCUUGGCGAAAAUCACACAGAGAAACUUUGCUUGGAAUUAUCAGGCACAAGAAUUCAGAAUCUGUCACUGAGCCAGGUCCAGCUUUCUUUUAUUUACAAGUCAACCUUCCACGGACUGCAAACAACAAACAUUACAGCUUUAAACCUUUCCAAAAAUUAUUUGAACAUGAUAGACAAUGACUCUUUUACCUGGCUUUCAAACUUAGAGAAUUUAAACCUAGAGGAUAAUAGGAUUUAUCACUUAUCUUCUCAUUCAUUGUAUGGAUUGUCCAAUGUCAAAUAUUUGAAUCUGAGAAGGUCACAUGUCAGAAAAAUUGAUGAUUUCUCCUUUCGUUGGCUAAGCCAUUUAGAGUAUCUUCUUAUAGAUAGUAAUAAUUUUCAAGAAAUUACUCCUAAUAUGUUCACAGGCUUGGACAAUCUGAAAUAUUUGAGUCUAUGUAACUGGACCAAUGGCUUACAAAUAAUAACUAAUAAAACGUUUUCAUCACUUGCUAAUUCUACUCUGCGGUUUCUUAAUCUUACAAAAAGUAGAAUCACAAAAAUAGAAAGUGGAGCAUUUUCUUGGUUGGGACACCUAAAAAUUCUUGAUUUGGGACUCAAUGAAAUAAACCAGAUGUUCACAGGUCAUGAGUUUAAAGGUCUGCAAAAUAUUGAGGAUAUCUACCUUUCCUACAACAAACAGUUGACUUUGACAAGCAAAUCAUUUGCUUUUGUUCCAAGCCUUAGAAAACUGAUGCUACGGAAGGUAGCUUGUAGCAAUCUGGACCUCUCUCCUUCACCUUUUCACCCUCUACGGAAUCUAACCAUCCUGGAUAUCAGCAACAACAAUCUAGCUAAUGUAAAAGAUGAUUUGUUUGAUGGACUUCACAAACUUGAAAUUCUGGAUUUGCAACAUAAUAAUUUGGCUCGACUUUGGAAACAUGCCAAUCCAGGUGGCCCUGUCCUUUUUUUAAAAGAUCUUCUUAACCUGCAUAUACUUAAUUUGAAGUCUAAUGGCUUGGAUGAGAUUCCAGUACAAGUUUUCAAGGGAUUGUUUCAAUUAAGAAGCCUGGAUUUAGGAUCAAAUAAUUUGAACUUGCUUCCAGCAUCUUUGUUUGAUGACCAGAUAUCUCUGAAUUCAUUGAUCCUUCAGAAAAAUCUUAUAACAUCUGUUGAAGAAAAAGUGUUUGGGACAGCUUUCAAGAAUCUGAAAGAACUAGAGAUGGAUUCCAAUCCAUUUGACUGCACCUGUGAAAGUAUCUCCUGGUUUGUUAGUUGGCUUAAUGUGACCCAAACAAACAUACCUGGAUUAGAUACCCAUUACCUUUGCAACACCCCACCUAAAUAUCAUAGUAAUCUGGUGAUGCAUUUUGACAUUUCACCCUGCAAAGAUAGUGCCCCUUUUAAAUUACUGUAUAUAAUAAGCACCACUGUGAUAAUGCUCCUCAUCUUUAUUGUUAUUCUUAUCCAUUUUGAAGGCUGGAGGAUAGCAUUUUACUGGAAUGUGUCAGUAAAUCGAGUACUUGGUUUUACAGAAAUAGACAGGCAACAGGAAGAAUUUGAUUAUGAUGCCUACAUUAUUCAUGCAAGAAGGGACAGGAAUUGGGUGUCCAAGAACUUCAUUCCUCUGGAAGAAAAUGAUCAGUCUCAAAUUAGGUUUUGUUUAGAGGAACGAGACUUUGAAGCAGGCAUAUCUGAAUUUGAAGCCACUAUUAAUAGUAUAAAAAGAAGUCGGAAGAUUAUCUUUGUUGUCACUGAACAUCUCUUAAAAGAUCCCUGGUGCAAAAAGUUCAAGGUGUACCAUGCUGUCCAGCAAGCUAUUGAGCAAAGUCGGGAUUCCAUCAUACUGAUCUUCCUUCAUGACAUUCCAGAUUACAAACUGAAUCAUGCACUUUGCUUGAGAAGAGGAAUGUUCAAAUCUCGCUGCAUCUUGGAUUGGCCAGCUCAGAAAGAACGGGUCAGUGCAUUUCAUCAGCAAUUAAAAAUGGCACUUAAAUCUAGCAGCAACAUGCAUUGA